AUGUUCUGUUCGAUGAUACAUGCCUCGGUGUUGAUGAUAGAUCCAAAGCGGGGCAGCGCGGAAGACGAGAAGAACACCAAAGACUACCACGACCCGUUUCUCGGUCUCGACGUUUACAACGUUGCUUCUUCUAUUGAUGCUUUGUCCUCUGGAUUUCCGACGCACCGAGCGGCGCACCACCCGGACGUUCACAGGUUUGCGAAGAAAGCUUCAGCUGCCACCAGCGGUGGUGGUGGGGUGGUUGGCGGGAUGAAUGGUUCCAACUUCAACAAACCGUUUGGACCUCAUUUUCGUCGCGUGUGGAUCCAAGGCGAAGUGACGUCGAGCGCAAACAACGGCGCCGUCCUCGUCGUCUCGGACGGGACCGGAUCGGUGGAGGUGAACACGGACGGGGAGAGAAAGAUCGAGAAAGGCGCGUACGUGUGCGCCAUGGGGUGGUUGAGUAAAGAGAAGAAGGUACAAGCGACGCACGUGAUGGAAAUCAAAGACGCAAAGGCGAGGAAAAGUCGAGAGCGCGCGUGGGCGAUGGAGAUUCGGGAGCUGUGGGAUGGGAUUCGCGCCGGCGCGACGUUUUGA